AUGCGCAUGUACGGUUAUCUUUCUACAAUUAUCUGCAAAGGAAGGCUGCUGAUCUUCCUGUUGAACCGUGGCCAUCUGCACUGUGCAGCGACAGCAGCCGGCAGCCUUCCUGCAGCUGGAGUGGAAGGAGGACUGGCUGGGCUGAUGCCCGGCCGGCCGAGGGUGCUGCUCCAUGCUCUGGAGGGGACACAGCUAAUGCUUAUUCCACUCUCGCCCCACGCCAGCUCUGAAGACCAGCUUGUCUCUCUCAUGCCCUCCAUCGUCUGGGUGCCUGCGAUCCACCGUGAGAGCGGGCAGAGCGGGAGUGGGACGGUUUGGGAAGGGGGCCGGAUAAGAAGCCCUGAGUCCAGGCAGGAGGAGGUUGGACAAGCACAAGGAGCUACUGGGGGCCCCUGGCUGAGGCUGGGCGAGGCGGUGGCCGGCACGGGGAGAAGCGGCGACGGGGACCGCGAGCCAGGUUUCUUCCGGCUUCGGAACCUCUGGAUCCCGGGGAUAGGAGGGACUGUGGGAAGACAAAGAGCGGCAGCGGCGCGGGCCCGCUGCUGGCGGAUUGGUCCUGGCUGGGUGUGGGGCUGCGGUGCCCGAGAGGAGGGAGAGGACAGCAGCUCUCAAGUUGCUGCAUGGAAGGCUCUGCCCCUCACGAGGCAAUCCGAACCGCUGACGGAGCUCGGACUGGAAUUCUUGCAAGUUCUGUGGCUGCAGCUGGUGCCCUGGUCUUGCACCAAAACCAUCAAUUUCCACACCUAUGAGGAGGAAGCCUAUGGCUCCGAUAUCAGUGUUCUGUCUGAUGAUGUCCUGUGUAAUUACCAGAUCAAGAUACCACACCAGUUCCACCUGAUGAAGUUCAACAGCUCACUCUUUGCAGUGUGCGAGGGGGGUGGGGAGCUGACCCUCGGGGAGGAUGCGGGCCUGGACCAUGCACCGCAAUGUGGCCAAGCAACACAGUGCGUGAUGGCCUUUGACCUGAUCAGCUUCUCACAGGAGCAGUUCCAGCUGGUGCACGUGGAAGCGGAAGUGAGGAACAUCAAUGAUCAUGCGCCACGCUUACCCCUGACCCAGAUCCCCAUGGAGGUGUGCGAGGGCACGGCCGUGGGCAUGCGCAUUCCCUUGGAGGUGCCUGUGGAUGAGGACUUGGGGGCCAAUGGGCUGCAGAGUGUGCGCCUGGCGGAGCCUCACAACCUUUUCCGCGUGGAACUGCAGAUGCUCGCGGACGGUGCCCAGUGCGUUGACCUGGUGCUGCUCCAGGAGCUGGACCGCGAGGGCCAGGCCGCCUACAGCCUGGAGCUGGUGGCCCAGGACGGCGGCCGCCCGCAACCCUUACUUAGUGUGCGAGUGCUGGACGCCAACGACCACAGCCGGGCCUUCCUGUAGGGCGCCUUGGCCGAAGUAGAGCUGGCAGAGGACAUUCCUAUGGGCUCUCUACUGCUCGACCUGGACUCAGCUGACUCUGACGAGGGCCCCAACGACGACGUGGUGUUAGCCUUCGGUGCUCACACCCCCCAGGCGCGCCGCCUCUUCCGCCUAGACCCGCGCUCCGGCCGCCUCACCCUGGCAAAACCGGUGGACUACGAGCGUCAGGACACCUAUGAGCUGGACGUGCGGGCCCAGGACCGCGGUCCUGGGCCCCAGGCCUCUACCUGCAAGGUCAUCGUGCGCAUCCGCGACGUCAAUGACAACGCUUCGGACAUCACCAUCACCCCGCUGGCCGCCCCGGGCGCACCUGCCGCCUCUCCCUUCGCAGCCGUCGCCGCCGCUCUCGGGGGUGCGGACGCGACCUCGCCGACCCGUCCCGGGACGCCCGAGGCCGGCGCGGUUUCCCUGGUGCCAGAGGGGGCGGCGCGCGAGAGCCUGGUGGCUCUGGUCAGCACCUCGGACAGAGACUCGGGUGCCAACGGGCAGGUGCGCGGCGCCCUCUACGGGCACGAGCACUUCCGGCUGCAGCCAGCCUACGCAGGCAGCUACCUGGUGGUGACUGCGGCCUCGCUGGACCGCGAGCGCAUUGCCGAGUACAACCUGACGCUGGUGGUCGAGGACCGCGGCGCGCCCCCGCUACGCACCGUGCGGCCCCACACUGUUUGCGUGAGUGACGAGAACGACAACGCACCACUCUUCACACGGCCGGUCUCCGAGGUGUUGGUGCGAGAGAACAACCCUCCUGGCGCUUACCUGGCCACGGUGGCCGCCCGGGACCCCGACCUGGGCCGCAACGGGCAGGUCACCUACCAGUUGCUGGAGGCAGAAGUGGCACUCGACGGCGGCUCUCCGCCGCCCCGGGGCCGGGCCGUGGUGUGGCUGCCUGUGGAGGACCAGAACGACCACGUACCUGGACUGGUCACACUACCACUCCUCAAUGGCUCAGCCCAGCCGCCUCUGCCCCAGGACGCGCCCCUGGGCUACCUGGUGAUCCGACUGCAGACGAAGGUCCCAACGCCGAGCUAA